GUCCCAGGUGAUUUAACGCUGGACAUUUUGUUGAACAUGUCCGAUACGAAGGUCUGUGAAGCCAUGAAGAGGUAUGGAGCCAACCGUGAGGAAUGCUGUCGGCUAAAUGCUGCCCUCUCCUGCUUAAGAAACAUAAAUGAUUCAGGCGGUGAGCUACAAGAUGACACUGUUCUUUGGACUUCAUCAUCGGGGGAGACAAGACGAGAAAGCAGUACUGUGCCUCCUUCAGAACUGUGGUGUCCUGUUGGUUCAAGACAGCCGCACAGUCCUUCCCCUGUUCCCAGACUAAUACCCUCUCCACCACGUUCAAUAUCAGUUUCUGUUAUUCCAACGUUGGAAUCUAUAUGCUUGCCAAAUCGCUCAGACAAUUUAGUAGACCCCUUUUCGCAGUCCCCUCGACCGGGUCGGCGAACAUCAGGGCCCCAAACUAUCACAAUUACACCACCAGCCACUCCUCCCUCAAAGAAGAAACAUCGAUUUAAGCCACCCCGAACUCCACCGCCACCUUCUAGGAAACUUAUUCAGCUUUUUCCUGGUUUCUCUGGACUCACCAGGAGUAAAUCUCAUGAAUCACAACUGGGCAAUAGAAUAGAUGAAGUACCAACAAUUAAGUUCGGUAAGAAAAACAGGUUUUUUCUCAAUCUGAACAUCAAUGGCAGUGGCAGCAGCUGCGAUGAUAUUGCUACCCGAUCCCCUUUAAUGCCAUGUAGGCCUUUCUUUCCUCAAUCUGUUGGGAGUUCUCACUGUCUUCCCACAACGCCUUGUCCGUCUGAUGACCACAGUUCUCCUAAAAACACUUUACAUGUACCACGGGGAUCUCCUCAGAUGGUGCAAAGGGAUUUUGGGCUAUCCAUUACACAUAGGUUUUCAACAAAAUCCUGGCUAUCAAAGACUUGUCAAGUUUGUCAAAAAAAUAUGAUGUUUGGCGUGAAGUGCAAACAUUGUCGAUUAAAGUGCCACAACAAAUGCACAAAAGAAGCUCCUCCAUGCCGGAUAUCAUUCCCUCAAAUCUCAUCAAAAAUUCGAAGAACAGAGUCUGUACCAUCUGAUAUAAAUAAUUCUGUGGAUAGAUCUGCAGAGCCCCAGUUUGGCACUCUUCCAAAGGCACUAAAAAAGGAUCAUGCACCAGUUCCUUUGGAUUCCAGCAGCAACCCAUCUUCAACAACAUCUUCAACUCCUUCUUCUCCAGCACCUUUUCAGUCUUCCAAUCCUCCUAGUGCUACCCCACCUCCAAACCCUUCUCCAAAAGGUCUCCGAGACAGGUUCAAAUUUCCAGCUGCGUACUACUUUCAUCAUAGACAACAGUUUAUCUUCCCAGAUGUUCCUAGUCCAUCACUGCCUGUCACUUUACAGCCGGAUAGUUCUGAAGACACUAAUACUGUUGAGGAAACUGAACCAGAAGUAGUUGAAGAUCUGGAUGCAGAGAAUGAAGACCAUGUACUUGAUGAUGAGGAAGUUAAUAAAUCAGAAUCAGAAUGUGAGACUGAUGAACUAGAUGACUUGCCAAAUACCAGAUCACACUACAGGGGCCUGAUGGCUCGCAAGCCCAGCCAGACAAGUGUCUUUCUUCAGGAAUGGGACAUUCCUUUUCAUGAAUUGGAAGUUGGCGAACUGAUUGGCAAAGGGCGAUGGGGCAAAGUUCACAAAGGACGUUGGCAUGGAGAAGUGGCAAUUAGGUUGUUGGAGAUUGAUGGGAAUAAUCAGGAUCAUCUGAAAUUAUUCAAGAAAGAAGUGAUGACUUACCGGCAAACGAGGCAUGAAAAUGUGGUACUUUUCAUGGGAGCUUGUAUGCAUCCUCCACACUUAGCCAUUAUUACAAGUUUCUGUAAAGGGCGAACACUGUUCUCAUUUGUGAGAGAUUCUAAAAUCACACUGGAUAUUAACAAGAUGAGGCAAAUUGCACAGGAAAUCAUAAAAGGGAUGGGGUACCUUCAUGCAAGAGGUAUUGUGCACAAGGAUCUGAAAUCAAAGAAUAUCUUCUAUGACAAUGGAAAAGUUGUAAUUACAGACUUUGGACUAUUUGGUAUAUCUGGUGUGGUGCAAGAAGACAGGAGAGAGAAUGAGUUGAAGCUGCCAAAUGGAUGGUUGUGCUAUGUAGCUCCUGAAAUAGUCCAAGAAAUGUAUUCAGGCAAGGAUGAAGACAAACUUCCAUUUUCAAAGGCGGGAGAUGUAUAUGCAUUUGGGACUAUUUGGUAUGAACUUCAGGCCAGAGAAUGGCCAUUUAAGAACCAACCUGUAGAGGCAAUAAUCUGGCAAGUUGGUAGUGGAGAAGGAGUCCAAAAUCUACUAGCUCAGAUUUCCUUGGGAAAGGAAGUGACGGAAAUUCUAUCUGCAUGUUGGUCUUAUGAUCAAAAUGAAAGGCCAACUUUUACUCAGCUGAUGGACAUGCUUGAAAAACUGCCAAAACUCAACAGGCGACUUUCUCAUCCAGGUCACUUCUGGAAAUCUGCAGAGUUGUCAUUCUGAAAAAAAAGACACCACAGCAAGUACAUUAAUAGUAGCAAAGGUCUUGCAAGGUUCGAAAGACUUGACCUGGGAAUUCUGGAACAGCAAAGCAAUCAAAAGAUUUAAUGGGGAUGCUCACUUUGUUUUCAUGGGUUGCGUUUCAGUGAUACUAUCAUCAAUUUUAUGUUCCUCAAAAUGUUUCCAAAAAUGUUUAAUGGUUCACUACAUUUUUUUGCAACAGUUAAGCUGACUAGUGACCAAGUAAAGAAUAGGCCUAUUGACUAUUGGGAGACUGGUUACCACUUCUUGACAUUUUUCUGUAUAUAGAAUUUUUGUUAUUUCAAGACAUAAUACUAUUUAAGUAGCAUCACAAGAGUUGUCUUAAAAAUGCCUUGUAAUUGCUGGGGAUUUUACAAUUUCAGUUGAUCAGGACUUUCAUGUGCAUUUGAACUCGAUUUCAUUGUGAAAACCCCAGUUGAAACCACAGAAGAAUAAUCAAAUCAAAGAAUGGAAACAGACUUAAGCCACUUACUUGAAGUUUUUCACAGUAAUCGGUGAAUCCUACCUGUGGAAAUGUUCACUAUUGAUGAAAACUCUAAAAGGCAAGUUAUGAACAGCUUGGGUAUAAAUCUUAUCAGACCUAAGCUCUUUAUCCAGUAAACUUGUAGGUGGGCAGUGAAUUAAAGGCGGGGAACAAUUGAAACAUUCACAGUUUGAAUACUUUAGAUGAAACAAUAUUUAACAAGCUGUUAUCAGAGUGCCAAUUAAAAUUCUGUGCAUGGAAUCAAAAUUAAGUUGAAAGAACCAUUAAAGCAACAGAUGAUGCAAGUAACACAGAAUUUAACAGUACAAGAGGCCAUUCUGUCCACUGUGUCUUCUUCAGCUCUUCUCAUGAGCAAUUCACCUAACACUCUUGCCCCUACUUUCUCCCUGUAACCUGCACAUUCUCCCUUUUCAAAUAAUGAUUCAAUUCUCUUUCACAUUCCUUGAUUGAACCUGACUCCUCCACACUGAGGCAGAGCAUUCAGAUCUAAACCACUCACUGCAGAAAGAAGUUCUCCUAAUAUCUCCAUUUUUUUUGGAAAUUAACUCAAAUCUGUACCCUCUCAUUCUUGAUCUUUCCACCAAUGGGAAAGUUUCUUCCUUAUCAAUCUUCUCUAUCCAGAGUCCACAUGAUUUUGGAUGUCUCUCUUCCUUCUCUUCUCCAUUGAUAUCCAUGCCAACUUCUUAUUUCGAUCUAUGUAAUUGAAUUCCUUGUUCCUGGAACCAUCCUUGGGAAUUUCUCUUCAGUUUCUUCACAAAUAGAUGGAGUGCAACAAUGGACUCCAUUGUUGAGGCUAACCAGUGUUUUAUACAAGUUUAACAUGAUCUCCUUGCUGUUGCUAUCUAUGCCCUUGUUAGUAGAGCCUAUAAUACUAUAUGCUUUAUCCACUGUUGUGGGUCUGUCCUGCAUGACUUGUGCACAAAAUAACCCUGGUCCCCCAAUCCUGCACUCUUUUAGAACUGUAUUUCGUUUUUGGUAUUCUGUCUGUGUUCUUCCUAGCAAAUGUAUCACUUCAGAGUUGACUUCAUUGAACUUUGUUUGCCAUUUCUCUGGCCAUUCCAUCAAUUUGUCUCUGAUUUUGCUCCUCACAGCUUGCAACGCUUCCAAAUUAUGUCAUCUACAAAUUUUGAAAUGUUGCCCUGAAGUCAAGUUCAUUGACGUAAUAGAAUCGUACAGCGCGGAAGCAGACCUUUUGGUCCAACUUGUCAGCCAUCCCAUUCUGACCUCGUCCCAUAUGCCAGCAUAUGGCCCAUAUCCCUCUAAACCCUUGCUAAUCACUUACGUAUCCAGAUGCCUUCUUAAAUGUUGUAGUUAUACCAGCCUCCACCAUUUCCUCUGGCACCUCAUUCCAUUGCAAACACCACCCUCUGCAUGAAAAAGUUAGCUCUCGGAUCCUUUUUAAAUUUUUCCCCUCUCACCUUUGACCUAUGCCCUCUCUAGUUUUUGACUGCCCCAACCUAGGAAAAAGACCUUGCCUAUUCACCCUAUCCCUGCCCGUCAUGAUUUUAUAAACCUCUAUAAGGUCACUCCUCAGCCUCCUACGCUCCAGGGGGAAAAAAGCCUCAGUCUAUUCAGCCUCUCCCUAUAUUUCAAACCCUCCAGUCCUGGAAACAUCCUUGAAAAUCUUUUCUGCACCCUCGAGUUUUAUAACUAUACAAGGGCGACCAGAAUUGUACACAGUAUUUCCAAAAGAGCAAGUGUUUGAACAGUGACACCGGGGAAGCUUGGUUACCAAACUUCCUCCGGUCCAAAAAACAUCCAUUAACAACUACACUAUCUGCUGUCACUCGGCCAGUUUUACAUCUCUGUUGCUGGUGUUCAUUUUUAUUCCAUAGAUUUGGUCUGUCUGUAAAUUUUCUUUGUAGCUGGGGGUGGGGCUGAGAAGGAGGGCAGGCUUGGUGCCUGGAUAUUGUAUAUUGAAUGACAAAUUUAAAUUUAUUUGCAGCACUUUAUACACACAGGUAUUUAUUGACAGCACUAUGUUUUGUACCUGUGUGCAGAAAGUCUGCACAAAAGAUUCCACUUUGAUAAAGUAUAGCAUAGUGAAAAUGUAUUUGAAAUGCUUUCAGUGGAACGUUGUACUAGAUGCAGCAUUAUCUGUUGCUAAAUGUAUUGUCUGUGUUCUAUUCAACCAUUGUUACUUUCAAAUCCCACAUGUGAGCAUAUUGACAAAAGAUUGCCAUUUUGAUGCAGUCUAAUUAGUUUACUACUUUAGUUACUAAAUGGUAAGAAAAUUUAAGUGCGCAACUCCAAAAAAUUCUAAAGGUCUAUUAUCCUUUCAAGUGCAGAUAUUACAAGAAAUUAAGAGAAAAUGGAAGAAAAAUAUUCUGGCUGGACCCCUUUUGCUCUGUUAGUGCAAACAUAAGAUAAUUGUAUUUGAGACAUAGACUUUGUUUUCUGUGUUUUAUUUUGUGUCCCUUUGGAACUACAUAUGACCAAGAAUAAUUGGAUUUUAUUUGUUGUUUGAAUCCUUGAAAUGAUCCUUUAUCUCAUUCUGCCCUCAUUCCCAGUCACUUCCCCACAGGGGCAGAGGAGAGAGAGAGAGAGCUUGAGAAAUCCCUUGUUUGACUUUUGGUGUUGCCCAAUUUGUACUUUUGUCUAAAAAUUGGCUGACAAACACAAGACUAUAUUACACUGGGACCCUGAGCUCGGAGAUCUGACCUUUUAAAAGGCUCUGCAUCACAGUGAACUAUUUGGGUCAUGGAGUUGAGCCUUUUUGUAUUUAUCAUGCAUACAAGGUUCUUUUCAAGCAGCCUACAUUUGAUUCAAGUGUCCAGGAAAAGCCCUGAGGUAAUCGGAUCCUGCAUCUUUGGGUUUGGACUGAUGCUGAGGACCACUUUGUAAAUAGAGCCGCAUUCUGAGUGUUUACAUACAAACUAAUUUCUUGGUAAUGUGAAACAGAAAAUUGUUUUAAUGUUUUUCUUGGAUUUUUGGACUACAAAAGAAAUGGUAAUUAGAAAGAGACCGCCGUAUUGUAACUAAUCUGCCGUGAAGACCACAGAUUCUCUAGUGUUUGCAUGAACUUUUUGGUUUGGAUGAGACUUGUAUUGAAACGUGUAUGUAACUGAGGCAAUCGAUUAUUUCUUUAAUAAUUUAGAUUUUAUGGUAUGUUUGUUAGACUUGUAAAAGCCUUUCAUAAAUUUAGGGGGCAUAUUUAUGCAAACUUUGUAACCAUACCUGGAUGGUACGGGUGGAAAUAUAACUAAGUCAGAGAACUGAACAAAUGCAGUUUCCCUCUGUGAAGGGUGAUAUAAAAAUACCAAUCAAAAUAACAUCUGAAUUAAAUUCAACUGUUUUUAAUUAGCAAUGUUCCAUUUAUUAAAUAGUGUAUUUUUGUGAAUUGUAUAUUUAAAAAAGUUUGGACCAUAUGUAAUAUUUUGGAGUUCAGGCAAAUGGGUACAGUUCAAAUUAGUUUUGAAAGUUACUUGUUGAACAAUGUAUUCUUAUGGGACAGGUGCAUCAUUGAAUCUUGGCCUGCAUUUGGACACCAUUUAAAACUCACUGUAUUGUUCAAUUCUUGAUUCCUUGUUCAUUUAUCAUUCUGACACUGUUGAUGUAUUGUCAUGAAUGAUGACCCAAUCAAAUUAUUGGCAUCCCAAGCUAUACCAAGAGAACUAGAAUCCUAACUGGAUGUAAAUGAAAAAUCGCCUUGACACCUAAACCAAUGCUAUCAAACACCAUGAGCAGUUGAGUCAUCUUCCCAAAGGGAAUAGAACAACUUGAUUCAUGCCUAUGCAGAGACCAGCAUGACAUACAGGAAAAUUAAGUUUGCACUUCACCUUCCUGCCCAUUGAUUAGCAUGGGCUUACAUUCCAGUAGUUCCUCCAUUUUUUUUUUUUUUUUAAACCUUUAUGAUGUUUAAAUCCCUCCGUGACUGACUCCUUCCCAUCUUUGUAACCUCCAGCAACCUGUUUUUCCUCCAACUCUGGCUACUUUUACAUAACAUACUUCGUUGGUGGCCCUGCCAAUUUCUGUUUUAAGCAAUGGAAUUCUCUCCUGCGACUUUGCCACCUUGCAGCUUUAAGAUGCUCCUUUAAAUUCUACUACUUUGAUUAAGUUUUUGGUCAUCUUUCCUAAUGUCCCCCUCUUUGCAUCAGUGCAAAUCACUCUUGUGAAGAGCUUAUGUUAAAGGUGCUUUAUAAUUACAAACCAUUGUAACUUUGCAUCUUUCCAACACACAUAAGAGUUCAGAAACAAGAACCCAGGAUUUAUUGAUGUGCAUCUUAAUUCUGACAGAGACUAGAUGUAUCCCCUGAGCCUUGGAAAAUGAAAAGGACAGUAGAUGUUUAUGACUUGCCCAUUAAAAGGUGAAGUCUCGCAUGUUACCAAGGGAAAUGUUAACAGGGGUUUGUGCUCUGUUUGCUAAGUCAGAACCCAAUUUUUCUGUGGAGGCCAACAAAUUGGCUGAAUUUAACAAUGUCAUCCAGCUCCAAUGAGAGGUAUAACAGCAUGGUGGUUGUAUUCCUGGAAUAGUGAUGCAGACAUCUGGCUGAAUGUUCCAGAGACACCCAUUCAAAUCCCACUAUGGAAGCUGGAGUAAACGGAAUAAAAACUAAUUUCAGUAAUGAAGGCCAUGACCUACUCGAUUGUACAAUACCAAAACUCCCUAAUUCAUUAAUACACUCCAGAUCCAUGUGAAUGGUUCAAAACUGCCCUCUGAAAUGGCUCACAAGCCACUCAGUUGUAUUCCAGAUGGUAAUUCAUCUUUGCAUUCUUAAGAUGGUUGAGAAUUGAUAUUAAAAACGGGCUUACCAGUGGUACCCCCUAAUCUGUCAAUAAAUUAGGUAAUAAAGGGGGACAAACAUAGGCUUCACUGGGAAAUCAGCCACAUCAGUGCAGAAACAUAAGAUUCUGUGUUGAAUAGUUCAGUGUGACCUAGGUCAGGAAGGGUGGCCCUGGAUUGCUGGGUGUCUAGUUCCAUUGGGACAGGUGGCUGCCAGAUUUGCAACUGUAGUGAACCAUUUAAAGGGUCCCAGCAAACUCUGAUGGCGUUACCUAUAUAGAAUAUUGGAAGCAAUGCAAUCCUGGCAUUACAUUCCAAGCAUUAUUAACUCCCAGAUUUCUAGUCUGCUCUCUCUAUUUCAGUGUCCUAUUAUGUUGGAUUGAACAGAUAACAGAAAUAUAAAGUUAAAUACAAUGUAUAUAACUUAAAAUUGAAGUUUCCUGUAACUCUGCUUCACCUGAAGACUGCACUUGUUCUCCACACUCGGUGCACAACACCUUGGAUGAUCAACUCACUGAUGUUAAGAACUAUAUAGAGUAUCUCGUGGUUUUGUGCAUUGACACCUUGGGAAUUAUAUAAACUGUGCACGCGCAAUAUGCCAUUGUAUCCGGUUAGUUGAUGCUAGUGUUAAUGCUCCAGAAAUGAGCCUUGUCCCACCUGUCCCCACUUAGUUCUAUUGAAACUUAGUAACUCUUGACCUGUUACUCUUGAAGUAGCUAGAAACAUUUUCAGUCACCAUGUUGAGUAUUAGUCUCAAUGCAAUACUGUUGCACAGUCACAGUUUUGACAGGAGGGAAGAUUUUAAACUACAAUUGAAUACUGUAAACAGCAGUGAGGAAGUUUUGAAUCUCCACUCAAAAUUAAAUUUGAAUUUGUCCGCAUUGAGUUGAUCAUCCAAUUCUUGUUGAAACCUCUAAGUGGAAUACUAAGAGGCAUUUUGAUCUGAAAUCUUUCCUUUUUCCCUCAUCCCUCUCCAAAAUGUCAAAUUCGAAAUAUUGGUAGUUGCAGAAAAAUCUGUUCCAUCCUCAUGACUGAAAAGGGAAGAGCUAAUUUGACUAGAGACAGGAGUGAGGGAGCUGAAAGGACAAAGUAAAAAUGACACCUGAGAAUUUUGCAGAGUUGUGACUGCUUGGCAAGUUGAUGAGAGAAAUUGAAGGUCAGUUGGUGUGAGAGGGAAUUGAGAAAAGGAACUGUAGAAAGGAAAAUCAUUUGAAGUUUCCAAUAAAAACUUAUGAGAGAGCUGCUUAAGUGUUUAUUUAAAAAAAAUAGAAUUUGACAAGUGGUUGUCUAGUUAUGGAAAAUCAGGAAUAGUAUAAUUUGUUUUAUGAAUGACAGGUUGUAUAACUUGCUAAUGCAAUAUUUGAUUGUAAUCCAGUGGUUAAGACCUAGUUUAGGAAUUUUUUUGUCAUGGAGAUACAUUUCAUGAUUAAAGCAUUCUAGUUCUUGUAAUUGUCCUAAGCUGGUAAAAUUUCAGUUAACGACUCCCGUAUCCUAAGGAUCUAUCUUUGAAACUAUCAUUGCUAGACAUAUGCUUAUUCCUUAUCUCUGUCUCAUUAUGUAUCAUUUUAAUAUUCCUUCUACUGCUGUUAAGUGUUCCCUUUUGCAAUGAAUGCUUCUGAGCUCUUUUCAAAUUAGCCUUAAUGUUCUUUUGUUGAUCUCUGGGUGGCUUCUUAUUCCACAUAGUAAUUAAAUAUAUCAGCCUAAUUGUAAUUACUUUGGAUCCAUUAAUCAUUUAUUUUAAAAAUAUGAUUAUUCCAUUUAGAAAAGAUAAAGGGAUCUUCAGGUUAUCAACUCUAUCCCGUUGCAAGCACUUGCUACAAUCUGCUGAGGUAAAUUUUGAGCUGGACUGCAGAGACGUGAACACUGAGGGAGUGCUGUCUUGUGUUUCAGAUGAGAUGUUAAACCAAUGCUGUUCGCCCCAUGUCCUAACCAACAUUUAUCCUUUAUUAACAUCACUAAAACAGAUGAUUCAUCAUUGUAUCUGUUUGGAUAAUGGGAUCUUUGGUUGCAGUAAUUGUCUGUUACUUUUUCAAGUUACAUGUUAUUAAAGACUAGAAUUUAGAUACAACCUCUCAUGAAUGUGAGAUAAUCCCUGGUCACAGCUGCAGUUUUGACAGCUGUUAUCUCGGGAACAGUUUGUCAGUGCAGACUGUCGUGUUUGCAGGAGUUUGCUAAUGCUUUCACAUCAGCCACAUUGCACCUUGAACUAAAUCUGAUAAAAUCUCAAUAAAAAGCUAGUAUCCGUAAUAUUGACCAUGAGACAAUGACAUUGGUUGUAAAAGCCCACGUAGUUCACUAAUUUCCUUGAGGAAAGGAAAUCUGUUGCUCUUACCCAGCUUAACCUACACGUGAUUCUUAACUGCCCUCUCAAAUAGCCUACAAAACAAAAGGCCAGCAUCUCAGAAUAUUUUCACCGUAUGAUUUACAGUUCAAAUAGGCAGUUUAUUACCAUCUCAAGGGCAAUUAGGAAUGGGCAAUAAAUACUGGCCUUGUUAAUGAUGAUGAUAUCCUGUGAAUCAAUUUUUUUUUAAAGUAAAAAAGCAAAAUUGGGAUUGCAAGUAUCAUUAUUAUUAGCGGUUGGUUUUAUUCCUUGAAUGACCUACCUCUGUUCAUAAAAAAAGCAUACGAAUUACUCUCAUGGUUCGAAGAUUCUCUCAGUUACACACACACAGCGUUUAUUUUAGUUUUGGUUUUGUAAUGAUUGUGGCAGAUUCCUUUGGCUACUUUUCUUUGUAUUGCACCUGAGACUGAAUGUAAUGCAAACGUUACAGUGGCACCGAAGUAUAUUUAGCAGAGUAGCAUCAUAAGCACGAUGGUUUCAGUGCAAUCUUGAACAUGUAUUAUGAAUGUAAAUUACAUUUUAUAUUGGCUUCCUGAAGCUAGGUGUAGCAUUUUUGGUACUUUAGAAAUUCUGUACAUGGAUUCUGUGUGUGUGUGUGUGCGUGCGUGUGUGUAUGCGCGUGCGGUUUUUUUAAAAAAGGGGAGUUUUCAAUAAUUUAUUGAUGGCUUAAACUUUAAGGAUUGGGUAUUUUUGUGUUGGAUUCUUGCACCUUGUAUGUACACUGGUGCUGUUUAAGUUUAGUGCUUCCUUUGAAAAAAAUAUUCUAUAUAUUGUUGCUAAGUGGCAGCUGCCAUUUUGCAGUAUUUUGCAAUAAGUGGUGUGUUUGAAAUUUUAAUAUUAUGGGACGCUUAUACAAGGGAGCGAAUACAAGAAGUUUUCAACCCCAGAAAAUAAAUUUAAAUGUGAAAAAUGGCUGUUCUGAUUGUAGAAUAUUGCAGUAGUAGGUGAAAUGCAAUACUAUAUGUACUUGGUGGCUAUUAAAGAAAGCAACACAUUUGUUUAAGCAACUUAAUUAGAUUUGAAUGUGAUGUAAAUUUGUACAGUAAAAUUAUAUUUUCUAUAAACUGGGUUUGUCUUCCAGGAAACUGCAAUUAAUUUAUAUGAGAAUCUGUUAGUAUUAACCAAGGUCUAUGUUUAGUUAAUGCAACUCCAAGAGUCUCAGUAUGCUGGAUGAAUUCUGUAUCAGACAUGUAGGUUUUUGUGCAGACAAUAUUGUUUUCUUGCUCAUAAUUAAAAAGUCCAUUUAUCAGUU